CUCAUAACAAGCUGCUGGACAACCAUAAGGCCAUUCCACCACAACAUCGCCCACCAACACCACACCACCACCACUCCUCCCCCAUGCGCCCGUCGUCACGAUAGUCUUUGCUGCUUGCUCGGGAGAAGGCUGUGCGCUGCUGCGGCGAUUGCUCGACUCACCACCCUUUCUGCUCCCGCAUUGCUACCACCACCACCGCCGCACCCACGCUCCCGCCCAUUGCUCGCGUGCCUGCAGCUCGACGACCAGGCGCAUCGAUAACAGUCUGGUAGCGACUGCCGCGAAGAAGGCGCGACGGACCACCACGCGACUUCCUCACCACAGCAGCCAUGCCGCACCAGUCUCGCUCCAGCGUCCAGGAAGCGGCUGCCGUGACUUCGUUCGGGCAGGUGAUUGAAUACAUCCAAGAUCGUCUGUACCUCGCAUCAUACACGCACACGCCCGACGAGAGCACGCCGUUUCCAUACCCAGCAAAACAGAGCCGGUCGCCACACAAGUCCAGAUCAUCACGAGCACAAGCAGGGCCACAGUCUGCUGCAGCCUCCCCGCAGCACCCGCCAUUCUACUUCUCCAUCGACCACACGCUGCUCUACAAUGCCUUCCACGCCGACUUUGGCCCGCUCCACAUCGGUCAUCUGUACCGCUUUGCCGUUCAGCUUCACGAAGUGCUUGGACACCCCGACAACGAGAAUCGACCCGUGGUAUUCUGGAGUCACGCUGAUUCGAGAAGUCGUGCCAAUGCGGCAUGCAUCCUUGCAACUUACAUGGUCCUGAUCCAGAACUGGCCUCCACAUCUCGCGCUUGCGCCCAUUGCGCAAAUGGACCCUCCAUGCAUGCCAUUCCGCGAUGCAGGAUACAGCCAGGCCGACUACUCGCUCACCAUCCAGGAUAUUGUCUAUGGUGUCUGGAAAGCGAAGGAAGAGAAUCUCGUGGGCCUGAAGGAAUUCAGCUUGGAAGAGUAUGAGAAGUACGAGCGAGUCGACAUGGGUGAUUUCAACUGGGUUUCACCUGACUUCCUCGCCUUCGCAUCACCACAACAUCAGCCCACACAUAUCUUCCAGCCCAGCGAGCCUCUGUACGCUCAGCUUCCGCGAUCAGUGUCGGCAGUGAAACGCGAUCCGACUCUUCCAACGCCAUUCAAGAAUGUGCUCACCCACUUCGCGGAGCGCGGCAUCGGGCUCGUGGUACGACUCAACUCGGAGCUGUACUCGCCCAGCUAUUUCACUGCGCUCGGAAUCAAGCACCUCGACAUGAUCUUUGACGACGGAACUUGCCCGCCGCUGAACCUGGUCAAGAAGUUCAUCAGUCUUGCGCACCAAAUGAUCAACGAAAAGGGCAAGGGUAUUGCAGUGCAUUGCAAAGCUGGUCUCGGCCGUACCGGCUGCCUGAUCGGCGCAUACCUGAUCUACCGAUAUGGCUUCACAGCAAACGAAGUAAUAGCAUUCAUGCGUUUCAUGCGACCCGGUAUGGUCGUUGGUCCUCAACAGCACUGGCUCCACUUGAACCAAGGCACUUUCCGAGAAUGGUGGUUCGAGGACAGUAUGCGCGAGAAGAUUAUGGCUUCGAUGCAGCCAGCGACUCCCACAAGAUUACAGCAAUCGAACAGCCGAAGACUUGCCAGCAAUGGCCAGACUUUCACACCUCCGAAUGCUGACCGCCAUCAGACGAGCCCACGCAGGGCACUGGGCGAAAUCACCAACAACGAGGGAGCUCCCGCAUCAGCCUACACCGAUCACAUGAAAAGCAGUGUUGGCGUAGCAGACGAGAACCUGCCAGCACCAACUCCAGGGCAGCCUCGAAAGACGAACAAGGUUUACGGUGGUCGUAGAAUCAUGACCGAGAACCAGCCUUUGAAUCUCAAAGCAGAAUCAGAAUCUGUCAGCACGAGCCGGACACGAGGAUCUAACGAGACCGAAGAGGAGUACGCACUUCGAAUGCUGUCCCGCAAGGCUAGCCACUCCCCGGCGAAUCGCAGCAGCGCAAAGCGAAGAGCCGUCUCUUGUACCACUACGACAACCACAACGACAAAGUGGGAAGCGCCUUCCGACACGAGCGAUGGCGAGAAUCGCCCUGGAUCUGGCGACGAGUUGACCGGAGUCACGAGUCCCAGCAAGCCACCGCGAACACCCGCUCGGAGUGGCAGUGGAGUCGGCACACUCAGCGUGGGCAAGCGCUCUUCACCUGUCCGCCGCAGCACAGAAAGCAAGAGUGCAGUGCGGAAAACCAGUGGUCGUGUUGGAAGUGUGGGAACUGUACGAGGGCACAAAGCUUCAUGAACCGACAGCCGCAAUCUUACGAACGAUUGAUUGUCUCCUUUUUGAGCGCCGGUCACCCCCGGCCCAUUGUUGUUGUUGAUGUGUGAUAAAAGCGUCUCCGAGGCGAAGACGACAAGACGAUGUGCAUCUCUGUUCUGGCGAGGCGUUGGUGGUUCUUUUUUGCAGGAAUGGGUUUUCGUACCGGUCGGCUCGUCAUCAUGAGGCAUGGGAAUGGGAAAUUGUUUUUUGGUCAAUGAGAAUCUUUUCUGAAAAAGACAUUCAGACAGUGUGUUAACGAUGAAAUUUUACUAUCGACG